UCGAUGAGAUCAAGUCAGUCGGUGCUUUACUUCCCGGAUCGACACACGUUAGACGUAGGAAAUGAAGAGCCUAGUUGCGUUGUUAGCUCUUCUGCUUUUUUUCGUCACCCAGUCUCGCAGUCAGAUAUGCACGUGUGUGAAAAAGAAUCAGUGCAAGGCGCCCGAUAGUCUGGAUGUUACAGUGUUCCCACAGAAGUCAGUACAGCCGGUCGGAUUGGAUCCGAUUGCUAUCGAUUUGAGAGUGUCAACGAAUGAUGGGUGUGAUUUACUGGAGACAUGUUGCGAAGAGAAAGAUAUCAUUGCUAGUGACCAAAAAAGUGAUGUUACAUUCGGUAGAUGUGGCGUUCGGCAUCCGAAUGGGAUUGGAUACAGAUUGACAGGCGAAAAGAGUGGAUCAGCUCAAUACGGUGAAUUUCCAUGGACACUGAUGCUGCUGAAAAAUUCGGAUUUGCUAGGUAUCAGCAAAGAAGUUUAUUUAUGCGCUGCUUCACUGAUAGCACCUGACAUGGCAUUGACCACUGCUCACUGUGUGAAUAAUUCUGAUCAGUACUUUGUUCGGGCUGGUGAAUGGGAUACCAGUAGUGUUAGAGAAUUAUUUGCGACACAGACUCAAAAAGUGGCUCAGGUUUUAGUGCACGAAGACUACAAUAUCUAUCACCAUAAUAAUAUUGCACUCUUGAAAUUGGAAAAACCGUUUGAACCCGAUUAUAAUGUGCAGAUCGUUUGUCUACCCCCUCAAAUAAGCUUUGAUGGGGCCGAAUGCUUUACCGGUGCAUGGGGUAAAGACAAAUUUGAUCAAGGAGUACAACAAAACAUCCUUCGCAGCAUAGAGGUGCCCGUUGUACCCCACAAUAAAUGCCAAGCGGCGUUUAGAAAUACGCGCCUUGGACCGUCGUUUAUCUUGGAUCCCAGCUAUAUGUGCGCUGGAGGAGAAGAAAAUGUCGACGCUUGCACGGGAGAUGGCGGAGCGCCACUUGUUUGCCCUGCUGACAGUAAUCGGUACUAUCAAGUGGGAAUCGUUGCUUGGGGAAUCGGGUGCGGCCAGAGGGGUGUGCCAGGUGCAUACACAGAUGUAACUAAAUUUAUGCCUUGGAUUCGGAUGCGGAUGUUUGAGCUGGGAUCAAGCCUCGAAUAUUCUACUUUUUAAGUUAGUAGUAUUUUGAAAUCUAUUUGAAUCAACAUCAAUUUUGUGAAACACCAGGGAGGCGAUCAGUUUUGGGUACAUUGCGCUUAAAUUCAACUUUUUUGAAACUAAAUUAUGCUAUUUUCUAGAAUGAUUAGAGCAUCACUAAAUCUAACAGUGUGUAAAAGUCAUAUAAUUGUUUAUGACAAACAGAAGUACAGUAACUGUCCAAAGUUGAUCGUCCAUUUAAAUGAUCCUCCUUUCAACAUCAUUUAACAGUGAUUUGUAAACAUUUAUUGGUACCCUUAUUUAUUUAUAAAACAAUCACAAAUUUCUGUUGAAAUGACGACCUCAAGAUGACUAUCAUAAAGCUUACUGCUUCCAAAAUAUGUGUUAUCGAGCGUUUAAUGCAUUGUCAGUAAAACAUUACACAAAUUUAGUGAUUUGAAAGUCCGAGAUUAUAAAAUAUGUUAGAAAUACUCAAAUAAAUCCACUAGGCCUCAGAAUUCAAUUUA